AGACUAAAGCUCCGAGGCCUGCCUGGGGACAGAGAGAGGCCACGACUGACAGGGGAAGGGACAGAGAGAUUCAGACCCUGAGGGACAGAGCCGGAGGCCCAGGAGGGACCAAUGGGCUCCCAGGAGGACGUGGUGAUGGUUGGCACAGGAGGAUGAGGCCGCUGGCAGGGUGUUGAGUGCAUCGGGCACCGGCCUUGGCCCACAUCUCCACAUGGCCCAGAGGUCCCAUUCUGGUGAGCAGAGUGCUCAGCCAGGUUCCCUCCCGGCUGCUCCCAGCAGCUCCCAAGGUGAGACCCAAAACCUUUCAUCCAGCACCUUCAGGUCCCGGCUCAGUAACCAAGACUCUCAGUCCUGCCCCCAGACUCGCCGGGUCAGCAUCCAAGAGCCCCUGCCUAUUGUCCACAGUCGCCGGGUCAGUAUCCAAGACUCUCAGCCCAGCACCCCAACUCGUCGGGUCAGCAUCCAAGAGCCCCUGCCUAUUGUCCACAGUCGCCGGGUCAGCAUCCAAGACUCUCAGUCCAGCACCCCGACUCGUCGGGUCAGCAUCCAAGAGCCCCUGCCUAUUGUCCACAGUCGCCGGGUCAGUAUCCAAGACUCUCAGUCCAGCACCCCGAGUCGCCGGGUCAGUAUCCAAGACCCUCUAUCCAUCAACAGUCAGCGACUCAGUAUUGAGGACACGACACCCGUCAUCGGCUCUCACCAGGCCAGCAUACAAGACCCACUAUCCGUCACCUACAGCCGCCAGUUCCACACCCGAGACGCGCCCCCAGUUUUCCAAAGUCGCUUCUUCAGCAACCAAAACCCCCUGCUAACUACUCGCACCCCUCUGACCAACAUAAAAUCAGUGACCUACCACAGCCAACUUAGUGUCCAGAGUCCCCAGUUAAGUCUUCAAAGCUCCACUUCACCAGUGCGGGCCAGAGUCGAUGUCCCCCUUUCAGUUACUCACAGUCCUGAGGCCAGUAUCAAAAGUGUCGAGUCAAUUGUCUGGACAUCCCAGGAGACCAUCAGAGACUCUUCGACCAGCUCCCAAAUCAGCCAGUCCAUCCUGGAAAACAACACUCAGAACUUACCAUCAGCCUCCUUCGAGAACAGUGCUGGCAGGUGUCUGGACAAGUAUAGGCUCAGCCAUUCUCAGCUGCCCAUGGGCUGGUGGCUGCUGCAUGAGGCCAAGAGGAUCAGCCGCCAGCUGAACCUACUGCUGAGCCUGGCCAGCAUAGUCAUCAUCGGCCUCAUCUCUCUGGGCCAGCCCUGGAUCCACUUCCAGGUGCCCCUGGCACUCCCUGGGGACCCUGGCUUCCGGACCAUCUCCAUCGACACCAUCUUGUUCAUCCGCUGCCCGGAUGUGGCCUGCAUGCACGAGUAUGACCAGAAUGCUUACUUGCUGGACCUUACCUGGGCCUUCUUCCUGGUUGCCAGUGUGACCAACUUCAUCCUCUGCAUCAUUCUAAUAAACAUCAUCUUCUCCACCAACUCCAAUGUGCCCUUGCUGGACUUCUCCAAUAUUAUCAUCACUGCCCUCACAGGGACCAGCAUGAUCCUGGGUAUCCUGUUCUACCUGAUGCAGGCCCGGGAAUACCUGCAGGAAGGCAUGACCUACAAACUGGGGUGCAGCUUCUACCUGGCAUGGACCGGAGUCUUCUUCUUUGUGAUGAUUGGUCUCUUUUCCUAUUUGAACUACAUAAAUUUCUGGUCCCUCCUGGCGAACCAGGCCAUCUGGACUUAAGAAGUGGGGGUGUUCCCCGCCUCCUCUGCUCACGCGGCUCCCUGCCGAGCAACCUGCCAGCCCUGCUCUCUAGCCCCCAACCCCCACCAAGAGUCUUGCCCUUUUUUCAGUCCCCUCUGAAAUUCCUCCAACUCAGAUUAAUGAUGUGUAUUUUCAAAUAAUCUGUAUUUCUCACCUAGAA